UAACUAUGACGUCUCAGGCAGGCAACUGCAUGGGACUUGGAAGAGCAUUUCCAAGUAAAGAUUAUUGUAAUGAGCAUUUUCAAGAUCGUCCACGACAUGAUGUUCAGAAGUCGGAUGAUAAAGCAGAUUUACCUUCCGAUAGUGAAGAUGAAGGCUUUUACGGAGAAGCUGAACGCAUUGUGGCGAAAGCCAAGAUUGGAAAAGACUGUAAUGAGCAUUUCCAAGAUCGUCCACGACAUGAUGUUCAGAAGUCAGAUGAUGAAGCGGAUUCUAUGUUUGAUACUGAAGAUGAAGACUAUUCUGAUGGUGAACCAUGGGCUGACUUUACUGAUUGGAGUGAUUCUGAAGGUUUGAAAUGCAAGGAACAUUUUAAUGAUCCACCAGGGAGUGUUGUUUGUUGCAGAGAAGAAUAUAGGGCAGGACCUGUAUAUGUCAAUGAUUCUCAGAGUGCGGUGUGUUUUAAAACAAGUGUCACUGAUAGUAGGAUUGAAAUUGAUAACAGGAAACUAUUGAAUUUAUAUGUCUCUUUCCCUAUUACAAUUUCCGCAAGGCUCAAUGAUUAG